ACUGCCAAGUGCAUCCGCCAUUCACCCCACUUGCCCCACGCAUCCAUGCAUCACAAUGCUACGUCAGCGUAAACAAGCAGAGUUGUCAAUUCAACAACUUAUACCCCACCACGGUCAUCUGAACACCAACUUCGUCUACAGAGUGUGUUCACGAUAAAGUCUCAUACAAGAUGCAGUCCGGCAUCUCCGCUUCCCAAGAGCUCAAAUCUGCCCUAGGCAGCCUCAUAACAUCGACCAGCCAACGCGGCAUCCUAGCAACAAUCCAGAAGGAAACAAUUGUACCCAGCGGCACAAUAUCCUCGACUGCCUCGACUUUUGUCGACGAUCUCUCGAAUCUCCAACCCCACGUCAAGGACAAUGCGGCGUUGUACAUUCUCCUCCGCCGUGCCGACAGCCUGAACAGCUCAGAUAAGAGUCUGGUGGCAGUAACAUAUGUCCCCAAUGCGGCGCCAGUACGACAAAAGAUGCUCUUCGCAUCCACAAGGUUGACCCUUGUGCGCGAACUAGGCGGUGAACACUUUGCGGAAAGCAUCUUCACAACCGAGGCGUCGGAGUUGACGACCGAAGGCUGGGAGAAGCACGUAGCUCACACUGAGUCCGAGAACCCAUUGACGGCUGAAGAGCAGUCGCUGCAGGACAUCAAGGCCGCCGAGGCGCUGGAGAGCAGGGGCACGCGGGGCCAGAGUCUCGCUCAGGGCGGCAAGUUGGCAAUCCGUGCUGACAACGACGUCGCAGAGGUAUUGAAGAAGCUGGGCCAGGGAGGUGGAGACAACCUCGUGCAGCUGAGAAUGGAUGGUGCGUCUGAGACGUUGAAGCUGGUAUCUUCAUCGUCGGCUACGCCAUCAUCCAUCUCUGGGUCUAUCGAUACAAAGGAGCCGCGAUACGUGUUUUACCGCCACAACGACCCAGAUGCGUCGAUUGUUUUCAUCUCAACGUGCCCGAGCAGCGCGAAGAUCAGGGAACGCAUGAUAUAUGCUGCGAGUCGGGGCAACGUGGUGUCUCUUGCACAGAACGACGGUGGCCUCAAAGUGCUGAAGAAGCUCGAAGUCACGAAUCCAGAUGAGAUCACUGAGCAGAUAAUCAUGGACGAGUUCAAGGAGGAGAAGAAGGAGGAGAGUAAAGGAUUUGCCAAGCCUAAGAGGCCAGGACGCAGAUGAACAGGGCUUUCGUGAACAAAUUUUGGAUUGCAAUAAGCAUCAUAGAUUGAAGACGUAUGCUGGUGAAUACGUUUAAAACGAGAAAAAAUGGAU